AUGCUCAGCCUCAAUACUGUCCAAGCGCUGCUUCUGCUGGCCUUCCUGUCCUCUCAGCGUGCUUCCACAGCUACCCACCUCCUCAGCGCGCCGGGUAGAGCAACCCUGAGAGGGAAAGCCAUUAUAGUCGCUCAGGACUAUGUCGAUCGUCCCGAGUCUAGCCUGUUGGCGGUACGGACCCCCAACGACGGCCGGGUGCAUGUCGUAGUGAACCCCAGCGAGCUAACUGGGCUCCGCAGCGGUGCUGACAUCCAAGUGAGCGGGGAGUGGGUGCCACAGGCAACCAUGGCCGCUGCCGCCACCAUGAGCAGCAGGGGCACUACCCGCAAGCAGACGAGCCGUGGGAAGACAAACGGCGGUGGUCCCCGGCUCUUCAAGGCGAUCAGAGUGCGGCGUGUUGGUGCCGGCCAGGCCGACUGGCACGCCGUUACAGCAGAUGCCUCCACGGUGGCGGCAGCCUCGGCACCCCCGCCGCAAUUCAGCUCCAACCCGCUCAUCACCGCCGACCUGCCUGUGAUCAUCAUCCCGAUCGCCGGCAUGACUCCCGUCGGAGGCGCAUGCGUGCCCACCGCUGCCCCCGUCAACCUGGACAGGCGUGCUGUGGAGCGGGUCGUGUUUCAGGAGUGCAACAGCCGCAGGGCCACAGUUGGCUCCACAUUCAACCUCUGCUCCUACGGCAAGACCAGGCUGACCCGACAGAACAGCCUUGUGGCCGACCUGGUGCAGCUGCCCUGCAACAGCACCUCGUACGGCGCGGCGUGGAGCUUUGGCAGCUGUGCAUUCGACGACUUCAGCGGCUGGGCGGACGCCGCCGACGAGGUGCUGCGGGCGCGUGGCAAAGCGCUGAAGAGGUUCGUGUACCGCCUGUACCUGGUGCCCAAGGGAGCGUGCGACUGGAUCGGGCUGGGAUAUGUCGGCUGCCACGACUCGUACGAGUGCCGCGCCUGGGCAUCAGGAGAGGAGGCCUUGAAGCCGCAGCGGCUGCUGUGUAGGUACAACGAUGACUCCUGCACUAUGGGUUAUUGCUGCGCAGACAGAUGCUGGAACACGCCGCACGCCUGGCAGAUGGGCUGGCUGCAGGUGCAGCAGCUGGACGGCAGCACCCUGGCUGCCGGCCAGACCGUGACAGUGACGCUGGCCAGCCAGGCCGCCACUAGCCACAGGUGCAACCAGCGUGCCUUCCACUAUUGCCCUGUGAGAGAUCUCGGCAGAACAGUGUUCCUGAGCGGCAUGCGCAUCAGCGCCACAUGGGUACUCGGUGUGCCUCCCAUCUUUCUGGGGUACCGCACAGCAGAAGGCGGCGACGCCGACCUACCCAGUGAGGUGGCUGGCAAAGUGCACGUGUACACUUCCUGGAGCGCCAGCACCCGAGAUGCCCAGCCAUCAAACUGGGAGACCGCUCUGGAAGGCGGCCAGUCCUGGAGCAGCAGCGCUGCGGGCCUGGUGGUUCGAGUCCGCAGCAUCUCCAACGAUACCGGCUCGGCAGCUGCAGCGGUGGUGUCUGUGUGCCGCCGUGCUGGCCCGGAAACUGUCGCCAGCUGCUUAGCUGGCAGCGACAACGACUGCAACGGGCUGGCAGGGCGGGAUGACCCCUCGCGUUCCAGGUUGCUUCCCCCAGCGCCGGUGGCAGUGGGGGCGGUGCCCCGCAAGCAUGUUCGACGUGUGCCGCCGACGCAGCGGUGGGCUGCACGGGGCAGCAGCAGGCGGCUGGGAAGCGGACGCAAGUGCAAGCACCUGCAACGGCUUCCUGAGCCUGUGGCACUGUUUCAUCGUGUUCACGCUGGUGGUGACCAGCCGGCAGGGAGAACGGCGCAGCUACUGGGGCUCAUUCCCCUCCUGCUAGUCUACUUGUACAUUCUGCGCCAGCUCAUCCUGUGUGCGUACUUCUUUUGUCAGCGGUGCCACUGCCACUACUGUUGGUUCUAA